GAGCCCUCCCUUACAAUGCAUUUUGUUUCUUGUGUCGUUGUUCGAAGGUUGAUCUGCAAGCAUGUCUGGUCGUGGGAAAGGCGGGAAAGGUUUGGGAAAGGGAGGCGCCAAGAGGCAUCGCAAGGUGCUUCGUGACAACAUCCAGGGCAUCACGAAGCCUGCAAUCCGCCGCCUGGCUCGCCGUGGCGGAGUCAAGCGCAUCUCGGGCUUGAUCUACGAGGAGACCCGCGGCGUCCUGAAGGUCUUUCUGGAAAAUGUCAUCCGCGACGCCGUGACUUACACCGAACAUGCCAAAAGGAAGACUGUGACCGCUAUGGAUGUCGUGUACGCUCUGAAGCGCCAGGGUCGUACUCUGUACGGCUUUGGUGGCGACGCCGCCCUGGGGGACGGUGCCUUUGGCCAGCAGCUUGUUCAGCUCCUGGUCGUUGCGGAUGGCCAGCUGCAAGUGCCGAGGGAUGAUGCGCGCCUUCAUGUUGUCCCGCGCCGCGUUGCCGGCCAGCUCCAGGAUCUCGGCGGUCAGGUAUUGCAGCACCGCCGCCGUGUAGACAGGGGCUCCGGCUCCCACGCGCUUCGCGUAGUGCCCUUUGCGAAGCAGGCGGUGCACUCGACCCACAGGGAACUGCAAGCCCGCCCUGGACGAGCGAGACUUCGCCUUGCCCUUGGCUUUGCCGCCCUGCUUUCCACGCUCAGACAUCGUACGGCGAAAUCGACAAAGGACUACAACAACGAAGAGCAGAAUGAGCAGAAUCUUGCAAGCCGCCUAUUUAUUUACUCCCGAUGGAUUCUUUCUGUCAAGUCUGAUUGGGUUACCAUGUCUGGUCGUGGAAAAGGCGGGAAAGGGCUGGGCAAGGGAGGCGCCAAGAGGCACCGCAAGGUGCUUCGUGACAACAUCCAGGGCAUCACGAAGCCUGCAAUCCGCCGCCUGGCUCGCCGUGGCGGAGUCAAGCGUAUCUCGGGUUUGAUCUACGAGGAGACCCGCGGUGUCCUGAAGGUCUUUCUGGAAAAUGUCAUCCGGGAUGCCGUGACUUACACCGAGCACGCCAAGAGGAAGACUGUGACCGCCAUGGAUGUCGUGUACGCUCUGAAGCGCCAGGGCCGCACUCUGUACGGCUUCGGUGGCUAAUCAGGAUAUCAAAACUAACUACAUUACAAACGACCUCAAAGGCCCUUUUAAGGGCCGCCCA